AUGACUACCCAAUCCGUCCCGGAUGUCAUCCCAGAGAUUAAGAAAUGGCUCGAUGUCAAUUGGGAAAAGAUCAGCUCAUUCUGGCUAUACGCUGAUUGGCGAAGCUGGGCUCGAUAUGAUCUCUACGCUCAUCUCGAAAAGGGCAUGUGCAAAGAAGUCAGGCCAGAUCACCCCAGACGGGACUAUACUGUCUCCCACGGCGUUCCCUUGUGGGGAGAGGACGAGCCGGAAGUGGACCUGACAGUGGGACCUGCGGCCAACCAGAAGAUGAACGACUUGGCUAUUUGGAUCUGCACCGCGACCCCGGGCGAGAACGAUACGAGUUUUCCGAACUUCGUGGAGAAGUAUCAGCGGGAGUGGAAAUUGGUUCAGGAUCUGACGAAGAAGAAUGGCGGAGGUGAUCUUGAAGGUGGCAAGCUUCUCUUUCUGGGAAUCGGGGAAAAGGCAUAUGAUGACGAGGAGCUUGAUUUCGGUGGUCUGAAGCCCGAGUAUUUCGGCUUCGGGGGCAGGUCUGAAUAUGAGGGAGCUGUCUAUGUGUACUAUCUCUGGCUCGAUCUCCCAGAGACGGAGGAGUCAUGA